AUGGAUCUGCUGGGGAGAUUGACGCCGCGCCGCGUCUGGUCGCCUCCGCUUUCUUCUCCCUCGCCGUGUUGCUCCUCCUCGUUUCUACGGCCGCGCUGCUCCAGAGACGGCAGGGACGACGAAGGUAUGAGAGAUCUGUGAGAAUCACGAUCCCGCUUCUUCAAUUCAGAUGCUAUCUUCGUCUUUGACUCGCCUGCUUCGUCCGCCGAAUCCCUCUCCGAGCAAUCGUAAAGAACAACUGCGGCGUCAUCUAUCCGGCAUUUUCGAAUCGGCCACGGCGAUGCGAUCUGAAGAUUCGCCGCUGUAGAACACAUCAAAAUCAUCAGAUUGCCAGUGAACCUUCGAGACGAGCAUCUGAGGUACCUUGGAAUCUUCAGUUGAUUUACCUAGCCAUCGAUCAGGAUGGAACACAGCCUUUGACGAACAUAUAUUAGUGGAAAAUAGGAAACAGGAAACAAUAGCAACCGUAUUUUUUGUGCAGAUAGGAGCAAGAACCGUACAUAGUGUGAUAACAGCAAAACCUGUUUAUCAUUUUCCUACGAUCUUGAUGGCAUUCCCUGUAGCUUCUGUACUUCAGUCUUCUUCUUCUUCUUCUUCUGUUUUUAUCUUCGUCGAGUAUUCUUUCUAAUUUCUGUGGACAAGAGACUGGAUUCAAUGGAGCAACGACCUCGGGGACUGAGGAUUAGAUGAAGGCCCUCCUUUCGUGCUAAAUCUGACUCGCCAUAGCUUCUUCUACCUCUGGCAAAUGAACAUCACUGGAAUCUAGUCGUCGGAGGUGGACCUUCCAUGAUUCUGAUCACUUCCAUGAAGAAUUUGAUCUAACGCCGUCUUCGUGUGAUCAAGGUGGCAAACGGCCGACGGACUGGGACAAGGCGUGGGCGAGCUUCAAGAAGCGCGGCAAGAGGACCCUCUUCUCCCAGUUCGAUGUCGACAAGUACGUAACCUGGAACCCAAGAAGGUCGGAGUACCCUCUCUCCGAGGAAGUGGACCCGAUAAAGAAGACAGAGAGGUCAAACCUGGGGCUCUGGACCAGCCCGAGGUUCACACUGGUGGGAGCCAUAAUCCUCGUCUCCUUCCUCCUGAUCUACACCCUACUCGCCCCGCCACCCAAAUAG